AUGGGUCUAUUAGCAUUGGGCACACCGCUGGAAUGGCCAGAGGCGAAGAAGGCCGCCCACCAAGUCCGCCAGUGGGGUAUCAAGCAACUCCUAGAAAUAUGGAACAAGGCGAAAGGAAAAGAGCGGGAUGCUAUGCUCUGGGGUGAUGAGAUCGAGUAUCUCGUCGUCACGUUUUCCAAAGAUGAGCCCAAGGUCCGGCUCUCCCUCCGCCAGGCCGAGAUCCUCGACGCGUUAUCCAAGUGUCCAGACUUGGCCAACGGCGAGAGCGUCUCAGAUGCAAAGGACAAAAAGGUCGAUCGACGAGACGAGAGAGACCAACACGAGCCUGCCGCCAAAAGGAGACGUGUACACGGAGACGACCUCAGCUCUAUCCCGGCGGCACCGCCCGAUAAACCCGGAACUCUCAAGCCAGACCACCCGAAGCCCGUCUUCCACCCCGAAUUCGGCCGCUUCAUGCUCGAAGCCACGCCGGGGAAGCCCUGGGGUAUCGACUUCAAGGAACUCCUCGACGUCGAGCCCGACAUGAGGCUGCGGCGGAAGAUCGCCAAGAAGCACAUGCGCCCCGACGAGUUCCCCAUCACCCUCACCACCUUCCCGCGUAUCGGAUGCCCCGGCGACUUCACAGACCCGUACUACCCGCCCUCGGGCCCGCGGCUCCGUUCCCAGUUCGUCCCCGACGAGAUCGCCAACCCGCACAUCCGCUUCCCCACCCUCGCCGCCAACAUCCGCUGGCGCCGCGGCCGCAAAGUGCAGGUAAACGUCCCCGUCUUCCACGACAAGAACACGCCGACCCCGUGGAAGGACCCGACGGUCAACUACGACCUCCACAAUUGGCCCGAGGACGACGAUGUCCGCACAGGCGGCGCGGCCCCGGAUGAUUUCAUCCACAUGGACGCCAUGGCUUUCGGCAUGGGCAGCUGCUGUCUCCAGAUCACCUUCCAGGCCAAGAACAUCAUCGAGGGCCGGAGGAUGUACGAUCAGCUCAGCCCGCUCGGCCCCAUCAUGCUGGCCCUGACCGCGGCGACCCCGAUCUACAAAGGUUUCCUCGCCAACACGGACGUACGCUGGAAUCAGAUCAGCAGGGCGGUUGAUUGCAGGACGCCGGAAGAACUGGGCGAGAAGCCGCUGAAAAAUGACCGGUGGAGAAUCCCCAAGUCACGCUACGCCUCCAACUCGACUUACAUCUCCACGGAUUCACGUUUGAGGCCCGAAUACUUGGACCCCAACCUCGUCGUCGACGAGGAUAUCAAGGCGCAGCUCAUCCAAGGCGGCAUGGACGACCGGCUCGCCACGCAUUUCGCCCACCUGUUCAUCCGCGACCCCAUCGUCGUCUUCCAGGAAGACCUCGAGGAGCUCGACCUCAACAAGACGGACCACUUCGAGAACCUGCAGUCGACCAACUGGCAGCACAUGCGCUUCAAGCCGCCCCCCGCCGACAACAGCAUCGGCUGGCGCGUCGAGUUCCGCCCGAUGGAAAUCCAGGUCACCGACUUUGAGAACGCCGCCUUCUCCGUCUUCAUGGUGCUCGUGACCCGCGUGAUCCUCUCCUUCGACCUGAACUUCUACAUCCCCAUCACCAAGGUCGACGAGAACAUGGAGCGCGCCCACGCCGUCGACGCCGUCCUGAACCAGCGCUUCUACUUCCGCAAGAACCCUUUCCCGGGGCGUCACUCGCAUGUCAACAACGGCCACGCCAACAACGCGCCAUCGUCGUCGUCGUCGUCGUCCCGGCCGGGCUCCCGCCCGCCGAGCCGCCCGCCGACCCCCGUCGGCCCAGUGGAGGACGAGUACACGGAGAUGACCGUCGACGACAUCAUCAACGGCUGCGACAACGACACGCACACGUUCCCCGGGCUGAUCCCGCUGGUGGAGAGCUACCUGGACAGCGUCAACGUCGACGUGCAGACGCGCUGCGCGCUGGACGCGUACCUGCGGCUCAUCAGCAUGCGGGCCAGCGGGCGUCUCGUCACGGCGGCGCGGUGGAUCCGCGGCUUUGUGGACGCGCACCCGGCGUACCGGCACGACAGCGUCGUGGGCGAGGAGGUGCAGAAGGACCUCAUUGCGGCCGUCGUUGCGGUUGGCGAGCGGGAGCUGGAGCUGGAGGGGGAGGGGGAGGGGAAGGGGAAAGGGUUCGCCAACAUGGGCGUUCCUGGGUUGGGGCGACUUCUCGGCAGUUUCCGCGGUGGGUGUGGUGAUGAUGAGACGUGA